GGAAGCUAACAAGAGGAGGAACUGAAAGGAGAUUAAUAGCCGGACCAGCCCAACUAAUUGUUCCUUUGUGACUACUCACAUUGAUCAGCUUCGUUAUCAACUGUAGUUGGAAGAUGAACCAGAAGAGGAGAGAGGACACGAAACGCAUCGAAAGGAAAGUAGAAGACGACUCGCCCUUAGAAGAUUGGCAAUAAACUGUAAAUUCUCUCUCUGCUACAGUAGAAGGGUGAGGGCGAGCUUUGGUAUUGGGCACUUGGGCAGGGAUGGGCCUUCCUGGGACAUUCUUCCGUUGUUCCUUUCAAGUGAAAAUUCGUACCAUAGCACCGGGCAGGGCGUAAUCGUGAAAUUUCUUUCGGAUGAUCUCUGCGUCAAGGGUACUCAAACCCACUUCUUUUCGGUUCUUCCUACCUCCUUUUCUCAGCCUCCCUUCCAAUCCCAUCAGCACUUCAUCGAACGCAAUUGACAAACUCUCAGAUGCAUUUCGUCAAACACAUCCCAGCCUUCUCUCUCGAAGCUUUCUUUCCAAUCUACAUUUCAACGACGUGGAAUACGUCCUUCAUCGCCUGCGUUCGGAGCCCAGUUCCGCCAUUAGAUUCUUCGAAUGGUCGGAGAGCUUUCUGGGUUCUCCACACACCCUCCGCUCUUUCUGCAGCCUCGCCCACAUGCUGCUUCGUUGGCGAAUGUUUGACCCUGCUCAUCGGUUCUUUCAGCAGAUGAUCGAACGUUUCGGGAGUUCAGACAUUUUUUCUGUAUUGACUGCGGGUUUUCACAUUUAUGAUUCAAAUCCUAGUACAGUUUAUGGCUUCUUAGCUGCAUCUUACUGCCGUGCGGGUAUGGUGGACCUGGCCAUCGAGACAUCUAUUAGAAUGCGUGGAUUGCAGAUUUCUGUCCCGAAUUAUGUGUGCUCGAUGCUGUUGAGUUGCUUGAUUGAUUCGAGUCAAAUUGAUUUUGUUUUGGAAAUUUAUGAAGAAUUAUGUGAUGGGGUAGAAGGAUAUUCAACUGGUUGUUUUCCCUUGUAUGACUUUGUUAUGAAUCAAUUCCUUGAGAGGAGAGAGCCCGGAAAGUGUUUAAAUUUCCAGCAACUGAUGAUAGAGAGGGGCUUUAUGCCGGAUAUUGUCUCUUGUAAUAAAAUCCUGAAAGUUCUCUGUAAGGGGGAUUGGAUGCAAGUUGCUUCUGAUUUUUUUACUAUGAUUUUAGUCAAGGGUCUAAAGCCAAAUGUUGUAACUUUUAGCACUCUGAUUGGUGCACACUGUAAGGAAGGUAGAUUGGAGGAGGCACUUGAGCUUUAUAAUCUAAUGGGAGAGAAGGGUGUUGCUCCUGAUCUAGUUGUAUACAGUAUUCUUAUAGAUGGUUACUCUAAAAUAGGGCGGAUAGAAGAGGGACACGGUCUCCUCUCAUUGGCUUUGAAUCAAAGGAUCAAGCUGGAUGUGGUAAUUUUCAGUUCAGUUAUAGAUGGUUAUGUCAGAAUUGGAAAUGUUAAAAUGGCAAUUGAGGUGUAUGCCAAAAUGUUGAAUGAAGGGAUUUCGGCCAAUGUGAUUACACAAAGCAUCCUUAUUGGUGGAUUAUGUCAACAAGGUUGGAUCCUUGAGGCUUGUGGGAUCUUCUGUCAAAUUAUCAAGCAUGGUUUCAAGUCAUCUGUUUUGACUUAUAGUAGUCUAAUUGAUGGUUUAUGCAGUUCCGGAAAUCUCAGAGAUGGUUUUCUUUUGUACGAGUGUAUUAUAGAGAAUGGUUGUGUUCCUGAUGUUGUUGUUUACAGUGUGCUUCUAAAAGGUCUUGUUAAGGAAGAGAGGAUGGAUGAUGCUCUUAGGUUCUUCUUCAAGGCAUUAUACAAGGGUUUGGAUCCCAAUGUUGUUACUUUCAAUACCUUAAUUGAUGGUUGUUGUAGGACAAAACAAUUCAAAGAUGCAAUCAAUUUAUAUAUACAAAUGUUGAAGGAUAACAUUCUUCCUGAUCUAGUUACUUACACUGUGCUUAUGAAGGGAUUUAUUAAUCAAGGGAGAUUACAUGAAGCACUAGGUUUGUUCUUCCAUAUUCUGAAGCUGGGCAUCUCUCCUGAUGUUAUGAUGUAUUGCACUGUCAUUGAUGGGUUUUGCAUGCAGAAGGGUCUUAGAGCUGGAUUACAAAUUUUCAAUUUAAUGCUUGCAAAUGGAGUUAAUCCUGAUAUAGCCAUCUACAAUGUUCUCAUUCAUAGUUUAUUCAAAGAAGGCCGUGCAGAUGAAAUUACAGAGCUAUUCAGGCAUAUUAUUGAUUUUGGGUUGAAACCUGAUAUUGUUACAUAUAACACUAUGAUCUGUGGCUACUGCUGUGCAAAAAGAUUGAAUAAUGCCAUUCAAAUUUUUGAAGACCUGCCACGCAAAAGGAUAUAUCCAAACAUAAUUACUUAUACUGUUAUGAUUAAUGCGCUUUGUAAGGAAGGUAGAACAGAUGAGGCCACGUUAAUUUUCUCUGAAAUGCUGGAAAAGGGUUCUCAACCCAGUGUGGUCACUUAUAGUUGUUUGAUGGAUGGUUACUUUAAAUAUCAAAAUAUGCAUAGCGCCUUACAACUAUAUGAAGAGAUGCUUAGGAGCAAAGUCUUGCCAAAUAUUGUCAGUUAUAGUGUCCUUAUGGAUGGUCUAUGCAAAAGGGGUCUAGUGCUGGAUGCAUUUUUUAUUUUUAAUUGUGCUGUAGAUAAGGGCUUUCUGCCUGAUAUUGUGGCAUAUGGGAUUCUGAUUCAUGGCUACUGCAAGGUUGGAAGAUUAGCUGAAGCUAUGAUGCUUUAUGACCGUAUGGUGGCUGAUGGUGUUGUGCCAGAUCGUUUUAUACGAGGCUUGCUUGCAGAAUGUCGUCUUAAAGUAGAAAGGAGACAGAUAUAAGUUUUAAAACAACAACCUUUUACAAAAAUUGCAUCAUAAGGAGGUGUUGAUUUCUUGGAGCACCCACUUUUUCUUCCUAUUGGAUAUAAUUCAGGGAGUAGAAAAUGAGCAAGAGGCUUCAAAUAUGAAUCUCUAGUCACAUAUUGCCUGGCUUCAUCUCUGAAUUUCCAAUGAGAACGGUAAGUUGUAGUCUCACUUUCUGAUUCAGUCUCUCUUCUCUCUCUAUUUUGCUUCUGUGGGUUCCUUAUUUUAAUAUUAUAUUUCUUUUUCCUUAAAUUGUUUUGUUAACAUAUGGACUGUAGUUGAUUCAGCAUAAAAUAGUUUCUGACCUAUGUUUUACCCUUUUCUUUCUUCGUUUUAGUCUCCUCUAUUCUCUGAUAUAUGACACUAUUAGAGUUUCAGUGAUAUUGCUGGUUGGCAUCAUGUUUGGAUUUAUUUCUUUUUUAUUUUUUUUGGUAAAAUGUUUGGAUAUGUUUGGAUUUAUUUCAAUUUCAAAGAAACAAGAUAUUGAACAUGAACCAGAACAGGAGUGGAUCAUCUCACCUGGAAUAUCAAAACUUUGGGCUUGAGCAGAAGGCCAAGCAGUGCAGUGGCCAUACCCUCUUCACCAUCUCUGCAAACGUUGCAAAGAACAAAGUCUUUGGGUAUCCCGUGCACUCACCAAGUUCCUCUUGUUCAGAUCUCUGAAGAAGGAUGAUUCCAUUUUUCUUUUUUUGAUAGGUAGGGCCCCAAGGAGAGUUGAGCUCAUGACCUCUUAAUUGUGAGGUGUUGGACCUUGCCAAUUGAGCUACCCCCUGGGGGUUGGAUGAUUCCAUGUUUGAGUGAACCAGCUUCAAGUACUUGGCUGGGCAUAUGAUUCCAUGUUUGAGUGAACCAGCUUCAAGUAGGCAGAACUUCCUGAACGGAAAACAGAGCUUUUGGGUUGGGAACUCCAUCGAUAUUGUGAAUUUGAGCUCUGUGAAUCUAGCAAAGAAAUAGCUCUGGUGCUGAUUUCUUAAGUGACUGAACAUUCCAUGCAGGUACAAGUUUCGACAUCUCUCUUUCUCUCUCUCUCUCGGAACAGUCACAGCCUCUCCCAAGAGUCUCUAUGCUAAACGACACCGCCUUCCCCACCACAUAUAUUGAUAUAUAUCUCCAUCAUUUUUCAAUUAUAAAAAGGAACCUGACUUGAGCCACAGAUGAUCCCAUCUCCAUCACCCCGAGACUCAGACCUCAAUAGCAGGACGCACCGCCCCACCCACUGCGACUCCCCUUCCCUCUUACUGCAAGAUUGCAACCUCCUCUGCAUCAACCGCUAACUGCCUCUAGAAACCUCCACACCUUGGCCAUCCAGUCGGAGAGCCACUCAGAGAUGUCUGUCUAAUCCUCUAUCAAUUUUGUCUUUGGAAUAUUUUUUCAUCUAUCAUUUUCGAAGAAUCUGAUAAUUAUUUCAGCAACCAUUCACAUGUCUUCUUAAUAAGCUUUCUGGUCUCUACUUCCAGUUGAUAUGAGUUUAUUUAAUAGAGGAACGCUAGGAUGCAUCCCCCACGCCUUCUAUCUGAUUUGGUUGAUGACAAGUUGGCUGAAUUGGCUUUAGUAGAAAAUUCACUACCGCAAGAUAGAAGAAUAUAUAAAGGAUAAAAGACGGGGAGAAUAUCAUCAGCUCUAAGCCGUUAUUUGUUUGCAUUCAUAAUGGAUGAUCUAACCAGACACUUAUAAGAUCCUGUUCUAUGGUGUAUGCUAUUCGCAGAUGAUAUUGUUCUAAUAGAUAAAAUAGUAGAAGGGAUUAAUACUAAAUUGGAGCUAUGGAGAUCAAGCUUGGAAUCAAGAGGUUUUAUGAUAAGCAGAACGAAGACAGAAUAUAUGUUGUGCCCCUUUAGUCAAACUAGAGGAAAGGAGGGAGUGGUGAAACUUGAGGAAUGAGAGCUACCCUAGAGUGAUUGUUUUAAAUACCUGGGGUCCAUCUUUAACAAAGAGGGUGAUAUAGAGGAUGAUGUUGCCCAUAGAAUUAAAGUGGAAUGGAUGAGAUGGAGAGGUGCGUCAGGAGUGCUAUGUGACAAAAGAAUGCUUGUUAAACUUAAGGAAAAAUUCUACAGGAUAGUUUUUUUACCAGCUAUGACAUAUGUAGCAGAGUGAUUUGACCAAAUUGAGUGUAACAGAGAUGGGGAUGCUGAGAGGAAUGUGCGGCAAGACCAAGAGAGAUAGAAUAAGGAAUGAUUGUAUUAAAAACGAGUUGGGGGUUGCACCAAUCCAGGACAAGCUUCGCGAGAACUAGUUGAGGUGGUAUGACUAUUUGUAACGGAGACCUAUAGAUGCCCCAGUAAGGAAGAGUGGUCAGCUUUACUUAGAGGGAGCCAAAAAAGGUGGGGGAAGGCCUAAAAUGACUAUUAACGAAGUGGUGUGAAAAGACAUGAAUAUGGUGGGGCUCGAUUCUAGUAUGACCAUGGAUAGAGUUUUGUGGAGGACAAGGACUUGGGUUGCCGACCUUGUGUAGGGGAUGUUCCUAUGAUGCAUCUUUGAUUUCUGCCCUAUCUUCUUCUCUUAUCCCCCUUGUAUUUCCUUUUUUUUUGUUCUUCUUUUGUUGCUUUAAUUUCUUUUUUUCCAUAUUGGAUCCAUGUAGCCGAACCCAUUUAGUUGGGUAAGAUUAUAUUUGUUGUUUAUUGUUGUUAAUAGAUGGGGAGAAAGGUUUAGAGCAAGCCAACAAAGCAAAAAAGAACAAGUUAAGGGGGGGCAACAUAACAUAAAUGCCAAAAGGGCUACAACAAAAUCACCGGGGGGAAAGGGGGAAGCAAGAUGGUGGAGGGAAGAUCCUAGGAUACAACGAUAAGUAUGUUCCUUGGAGAGUCCCUUACAUUACGAGAGAGAGGGAGGCGAGUUUGGAGUUGAAGUCAAAGUAGAUGGCUUUCCAAAUUUGAUCAUAAGAUCAGGAGUUGGACGUCCAUCUACGAAGAUUACACUCCAUCCAAAUAUGAUUGAUGGUGGCACAAAAGGCGAGCUUUCUGACUGUGUCACAGAUGGAGGAACCAACAAAGGUUAUAUCAACCUAGAUCUAUUCUAUACUAAGGGGAAGAGCAGCUCUCCUGGAAGGCCAACAACUACUAAUGACCCUCUUCUAGACGAUAGAGGAGAAAAGGAAGGAGAAAAAAAGAUUGUUGACAUCUUCUAUGUCAUUCCAGAAAAGAUAACAAGAGGCGGGAACUUGAAUGUGCCGGUAGAUGAGGAAAGACUGCAUGGGAAGGUAGUUGGAAAUGGCUGGCCAAGCUAUAAAGCUGUGGCUUGGGAUGUGGCCUUUAAACCAGAUAGACUUACGCCAAGGGACAAGAGGGCCUUUUAUUUGAUGUCCCAAGUAGAAGAGGAGCUAAACAGACUAGAGAGAGAAGGAUGGCAGGAAAUUUUGUCUUCUCUACCAUGAUGACCCGGAGGGAGGGGAGGAAGGGC